GUAUUGCCAGUCCGUUGACAUGUAAAUAAAUGUCAAAUGCUUGUUUUAAUUUCUUACCAUCGCUAUUCCUGCUAGUCCUUCUUGGUGCCUCGUACGUUAUAUACAUCUACUUUUUCUGCCUCACAUUCGUCAAACUCGUAAUACUUCAAACAGUCUUUAUAUGUUUCUCAACCUGUUUCGCAUUAAUGAUUCUAUGGUCCUUCUUUAGUACGUAUUGUUCAUCAGUGGGCACCGUGCCCAAAGAAUAUAAAAUAUCGAGGGAAGAAAAUAUCGAGUUAAUAAGAGCCAGGACGUCGGACGAAAAGGACAUUAUGCUCGAAAAUCUUUGUGAAAAACAUAAUUUGCUGGUUCAGACAUGUACUACUACGGGAAGGAUAAGAUUUUGUUCAAUAUGUAUGCAUAUAAAACCCGAUAGGAGUCACCACUGUUCGACGUGCGACAAAUGCUUCUUAAGAAUGGAUCACCACUGUCCCUGGUUAAAUAAUUGCAUAGGCUACAGGAAUUACAAGAGCUUCAUACUCCUUAUUUUUUACACAGUUUUGUACUGCUUUUUCUUUGCCGGAACUAGUAUCAGUUUAAUUAUUCAAACUGCUUUGGUGGACCAAAUGAAAAAUGUUAAACAGGCAAUUCCAGUGUGUGUUGGAUUUGGCUUAGCAGUGAUAAUGGGAGUAGUAUCUUUGUUCUUUCUCUGCUACCACCUAUACCUAACCGGUAGAAACGAGACAACGCUGGAGAACAUGUACCCGCCAGAUUUUCUGGAUGAAGAUAUGUGUUUCGACUUAGGAGUACGCGGCAAUUUUAUCGAAGUAUUCGGCAAUAAGUGGUAUUUGUGGUUUUUACCAGUAUUUAGUUCGAUGGGCAAUGGAUAUGUAUUUUUAGUAGAGAGGAAAUAAAUUCAUUUGGCGUUCAAAA